AUGACGAGCCCAACAAAACAUGAAGUUACGUUUUUAACCAGAGAGGAAGCUCGGCCAACUUUACGUCUUGAAGAUUAUUAUGACAUCGAUCUUAAAUUUUCAAAACCUGGAUUUCGAACUGAAAAUGGUCAGUUCAAUUGGCACUGCUCUUGUGUUAGCUCGUACAUAUCUGGUCCAUGUGGUUACUUCUUUCGAAAUUUUAUGCAAAACAUCGACAAAUUUUUAAAAAAUGAAGAUGCCUUUGAAAAGCAGCAAAACCGAAAUUUAUUCAUUGAACUAAAUUCCCAGUUGAUGGGGUGUUUGAAAACACAUUCGGCGUAUUAUAAAUCAUUUAUGGACGAAUAUUCUUCCCCUUUAGAUAAUAUGCUUAAAGAUGUAGAAUAA